AAGUAAACAUUUUCUUUCGCAUCGCGAUCUUCAUUUGAACGAGCUCGAUUUAGAUUAAAUCGCAGGGUCAGUCCAUGUUUUUUUUUUUUUUUUUUUCGUUUAUGCGUAAAUAAAACUUUAACAUCAUUUGUAAAGCGUCACACAUUCAAAAUAAGCAUUAAUUUUGGUAUUAUUUUAAUGAUUAAAAAAAUGUCCUUGUAAUGUAACGUGACCGAUCGGAUCAACACGUAGCAAAGCUGAGAGAUCCAGAAGAAUCAUGCAGAAUGAAACAUGAAGAUACUGAAGAACAAAGAGCUUUAAUUUCAGACCUGAUGGAUGAGAAUGAGGAGAAUGAAGAAGUGAAUGAAGUGGAGAAACAUCAAAGCUCUCAAAAAUAUUUAACCUGCAGUCUGUGUGGAAAGAGUUUCACAUGCAAAAGAAAUCUCGAGGUUCACAUGAGGGUCCACACUGGAGAGAAACUGUUCACAUGUGAUCAGUGUGGGAAGAGUUUCACACAACAAGGAAACCUUACCCAUCACAUGAUCAUCCACACUGGAGAGAAAUUGCAUGAAUGUGAUCAAUGUGGCGAAACAUUUUUGAGGGCUUCAGACCUGAAGAGACACCUGACAGUUCAUUCACAGGAGAAACCACAUUCAUGUUCUUUGUGUGGAAAGAGUUUUUCAGUGCUGCAAAGAUUAAAAGAACAUCAGAAAAUACACAAUGGUGUAAGAAAUCAUAUGUGCUUUGAGUGUGAGAAGACUUUUAUUACAGCUGGACAUUUGAAACUGCACCAGAGAAUUCACACUGGAGAGAAAUCUUACAAGUGUUCACACUGCAACAAGAGAUUCAGUCGGUCAGGACAUCUGAAAACACAUGAGAGGAUCCACACUGGAGAGAAACCUUACAAGUGUUCACACUGCGACAAGAGAUUCAGUGAUUCAGGAGUCCUGAAAAUGCACGAGUUGAUUCACACUGGAGAGAAACCUUACAAGUGUUCACACUGCGACAAGAGAUUCAGUCAGUCAGGAGCCCUGAAAAAACACAAGAUGAUUCACACUGGAGAGAAACCUUACAUGUGUUCACACUGCGACAAGAGAUUCAGCUGGUCAGGACAUCUGAAAACACACGAGAGGAUCCACACUGGAGAGAAACCUUACAAGUGUUCACACUGUGACAAGAGGUUCAGACAGUCAGGAUCCCUGAAAAAACACGAGAGGAUCCACACUGGAGAGAAACCUUACAAGUGUUCACACUGCGACAAGAGAUUCAGUUGGUCAGGAGCCCUGAAACUACAUGAGAGGAUCCACACUGGAGAGAAACCUUACAUGUGUUCACACUGCGACAAGAGAUUCAGUUGGUCAGGAGCCCUGAAACUACAUGAGAGGAUCCACACUGGAGAGAAACCUUACAAGUGUUCACACUGCGACAAGAGAUUCAGUUGGUCAGGAGCCCUGAAACUACAUGAGAGGAUCCACACUGGAGAGAAACCUUACAUGUGUUCACACUGCGACAAGAGAUUCAGUUGGUCAGGAGCCCUGAAACUACAUGAGAGGAUCCACACUAGAGAGAAACCUUACAUGUGUCCACAUUGCGACAAGACAUUCAGUCAUUCAGGAGACCUGAAAAAACACAAGAUGAUUCACCAUGGAGAGAAACCUUACAUGUGUUCACACUGCAACAAGAGAUUCAGUCGGUCAGGAGCCCUGAAAAAACAUGAGAUGAUUCACACUGGAGAGAAACCUUACGUGUGUUCACUCUGCGACAAGAGAUUCAGUGAUUCAGGAGUCCUGAAAACGCAUGAGAUGAUUCACACUGGAGAGAAACCUUACAAGUGUUCACACUGUGACAAGAGAUUCAGUCAGUCAGGAGCCCUGAAAAAACACGAGAUGAUUCACACUGGAGAGAAACCUUAUAUGUGUUCACACUGCGACAAGAGAUUCAGUUGGUCAGGAGCCCUGAAACUACAUGAGAGGAUCCACACUGGAGAGAAACCUUACAUGUGUUCACACUGCGAAAAGAGAUUUAGUUGGUCAGGACAUCUGAAAACACAUGAGAGGAUCCACACUGGAGAGAAACCUUACAAGUGUUCACACUGUGACAAGAGGUUCAGACAGUCAGGAUCCCUGAAAAAACAUGAGAGGAUCCACACUGGAGAGAAACCUUACAAGUGUUCACACUGCAACAAGACAUUCAGUCGGUCAGGACAUAUGAAAACCCACGAGAGGAUCCACACUGGAGAGAAACCUUACAAGUGUUCACACUGUGACAAGAGAUUCAGUGAUUCAGGAGUCCUGAAAAUACACGAGAUGAUUCACACUGAAGAGAAACCUUACAAGUGUUCACACUGCGACAAGAGAUUCAGUCAGUCAGGAUCCCUGAAAAAACACGAGAUGAUUCACACUGGAGAGAAACCUUACAAGUGUUCACACUGCGACAAGAGAUUCAGUCAGUCAGGAGCCCUGAAACUGCAUGAGAGGAUCCACACUGGAGAGAAACCUUACAUCUGUUCACACUGCGACAAGAGAUUCAGUUGGUCAGGACAUCUGAAAACACACGAGAGGAUCCACACUGGAGAGAAACCUUACAAGUGUUCACACUGUGACAAGAGGUUCAGACAGUCAGGAUCCCUGAAAAAACACGAGAGGAUCCACACUGGCGAGAAACCUUACAAGUGUUCACACUGUGACAAGAGGUUCAGACAGUCAGGAUCCCUGAAAAAACACGAGAGGAUCCACACUGGAGAGAAACCUUACAUGUGUUCACACUGCGACAAGAGAUUCAUUCAUUCAGGAGACCUGAAAAAACACAAGAUGAUUCACACUGGAGAGAAACCAUACAAGUGUUCACACUGCGACAAGAGAUUCAGUGAGUCAGGAUAUCUGAAAUCACACAAGAGGAUCCACACUGGAGAGAAACCUUACAAGUGUUCACACUGUGACAAGACGUUCAGACAGUCAGGAUCCCUGAAAAAACACGAGAGGAUCCACACUGGAGAGAAACCUUACAAGUGUUCACACUGCGACAAGACAUUCAUUCAUUCAGGAGCCCUGAAACUACAUGAGAGGAUUCACACUGGAGAGAAACCUUACAAGUGUUCACACUGCGACAAGAGAUUCCGUUGGUCAGGACACCUGAAAAAACACGAGAGGAUCCACACUGGAGAGAAACCUUACAAUUGUUCACACUGUGACAAGAGGUUUAGACAGUCAGGAUCCCUGAAAAAACAUGAGAGGAUCCACACUGGAGAGAAACCUUACAAGUGUUCACACUGUGACAAGAGGUUCAGACAGUCAGGAUCCUUGAAAAACCAUGAGAGGAUACACACUGGAGAGAAACCUUACAAGUGUUCACACUGCGACAAGAGGUUCAUUCAUUCAGGAGACCUGAAAAAACACGAGAUGAUCCACACUGGAGAGAAACCAUACAAGUGUUCACACUGCGAGAAGAGAUUCAGUCGGUCAGACCUUCUGAAAACACAUGAGAGGAUCCAUACUGGAGAGAAACCUUACAAGUGUUCACACUGUGACAAGAGAUUCAGUGAUUCAGGAGUCCUGAAAACACAUGAGAGGAUCCACACUGGAGAGAAACCGUAUCACUGCAUUGCAUGUGGGAAGAGUUUCACUCAUUCAUCUAAUCUACACAGUCAUGCCAAAACUCACAUUAAGUAGCUUUUCUUUAGUUUCAGCACUUUCAAGUGUGAAGCUGCAUCUCUUCCCUAUUAGUCUGUCCUAAUCAGCCACAACGAGCGACAGGACAAAGAAGCAUCAUCUAAAAGACCAGCAGUUUCAAUGUAUUCAGAUCAACUCAAAGAUGAAAUUCCUCCCCAAAGAACAGUACAGGACUUCCGGUACGCUGCACAUGUGUACCGAAUGCAUUACAUUGCAACAAGCGAACAAGGUCGAUAAGAAAUAAAGUAUCAUCUUCUGUCCAUUUUAUCAUGAAAUUCGAACAGAAAAUGCCGUUUUGACGCUCUUUAAUGUGGCGUGACAGAUCUCUGUAUAGAUGCCUCAAGUUCAAGCGGCAGCGCGGAGCUCGGCCACAAUGACCACGGACAUUUAGGAUGAACUCUGGAACAGGCUUUUGGGCUGGAGUCCUCUCUGGACUCUGGAUGGGGACAGGAGCCCUCUCUGGACUCUGGAUGGGGACAGGAGCCCUCUCUGGAUGAUAGUCUGGGGAUGGAGCCUUCACUGGACUAUAGUCAGGGGCUGAAGCCUUCACUGGACGAUAGUCAGAGGCUGGAGCCCACAUGUGUGUAGCCCACACACAUAACAUGGCUGUGGCCAUAAUGAUCAGUGCUUCAUUAUCCUGAGCUGACUCAAGGGCAGGAAUGGGCUCUGGGAUUUCUCUCACAGGAACUGGCUCAGAAACUUCUUUAAUGGAAUCAGGCUCAGGAAAUUCUCUCACAGAAACAGGCUCAGGCAAUUUUCUCAUGGGAACAGGCUCAGGCAUGGCAACCAUGACGGGAUGAGACCAUGGAAUGGCAGCCAUGACGGGACGAGACUCUGGAAUGGCGGCCAUGACUGGACGAGACUCUUGGAUGGCGGCCAUGACGACUGGUUCACAGACUUUCUACUCACACUCCACGAUGGUGAAGGGGGAUCUAUUGUGGACGAACAUCCACUCCAAAUUGUCCUGGAAGCUCCCGCGAGGGAGCUCAACUCCCUCUAACGCAACUAUUAAAAAAGGUUCAAACAUUCACUGAUGCUCCAGAAGGAAACAAUGCGUUAAGAGUCGGGGGCUGAAAACUUUUGAUGAAGAUGUCCAAAUUUUUCUUAUUUUGUAUAAAUACAUUUUUUUUCAUUUAGUACUGCUCUUUGGAAGCAACAGAAGAUACUUGCAUGUUUCCCGAAAGACAAGUUAAGUACAAUUUAGCUUGAUCUUCAAAUUCAAAAAGUUUCACCCCCCCGGCUCUUAAUGCAUUGUGUUUCCUUCUGGAGCAUCAGUGAAUGUUUGAACCUUUUCUAAUAGUUGUGUUUGAGUCCCUCAGUUGUCUUCAGUGUGAAAAGAUGGAUCUCAAAAUCAGUCACUGCUGGAAAGGGUUAAAUAUGCAAAAAAUCCCUGAAAACUGUACAAUCUGUGCAACCUGCAGGAUAUUUCUGAAGAACAUUGGGCAGUUUAACUGUUCAGGACAAACAAGGGACUCAAGAACAACCAUCACAAAAUGUAAAAACAGUCGUGGAUCAUCCAGGUAACGACACAGUAUUAAGAACCAAUGGUUCAUAAACUUUUCAACAGGGCCAUUUUAAUAAAUUCAACUAUUUUUUUCUUGUCGAUUAUAUAUAAACAUCUUUUAUGUAGAAUGUCUUACUCAGGACAGUACUAAAUAAAAACUGACAUGCAUUUUUUAUGAUCGCUCUUAUUUUGUUAAAAUUAUUCACAUAUUCAGAGAUUCUGCAAGUGGUUCACAUACUUUUUCUUGCAGCUGUAUAUACACACAAAAUUGGUACCGAGAACCGUAAAAUUUUAAUGGGAUUGGUAACGACUACUGAAAAUUUGGUACCGUGACAACACUAUACAGUGUGUACGCAUUUAUGUAUAUAUACAUAUAUUUCUCAUUAUGUACAUUAUAUAUUUCUCUCUGAUGUUUUUUUAUUUAUUUAAAAUUAAACUUUUUUUACUUUGA